UACUGCUUUUCUGCUCUGCCUGCUGCCAUAAGAUUCAGUGCACCACAACACUGCCUUGAGAUCCUAUCUCUCACCGUUUACAAAACCACAUAUUCAUUCAGUAGUACUGCUAGAGUAGUAGUUCGUGAGAGUUUAGUCUCUUUCACAUCACCACCAAGCUACCUCUCAUUUUGCCAUAACUCCUUUUCACCUUUUUCUUAAUCCAAAAGUUCAGAAGUUUCCAUUUUCUGAUAUUUUAUAAUCCUUUUACUCUUGGAGUUAGGAGAAAUGGAACCCCAGAAAACUCCAUUAAUAGAUGACAGCUUAUUUGAUAUUUUCAAAGAUACAGAGUUUGGGGACACUCACUUUGGUGGAGGAGACCUCCUUUCCAUCUUGGAGAACCUACAGGACUCGAAAGAUUUUGCCCCCAUCAACGAUAAUGCUGUUAUUAUCAACCCAACUUCCAAAGAAAACGAGCUAAUGGAGUCCCGAAAGGUCUCAAUAUCUUCGAGUGUUCCACAGAAUUUUGAAACUGAGCUUGAAAUCUCACCCGAAACCAAGACAAACAAGCUUAGCCCCACCUUGCCAGAGGAACCACAGAAGGUGUCUCAUAUAACAGUGGAGCGCAACCGAAGAAAGCAAAUGAAUUACAACUUGUCCGUAUUGAGGUCGCUUAUGCCUUCCUUCUAUGCCAAACGGGGAGACCAAGCAUCAAUAAUUGAAGGUGUGGUUGAUUACAUCAAUGAGUUGCAACAGUUGCUACAGUGCCUAGAGGCCAAGAAACAAAGAAAAGUUUACAGUGAUGUACUAAGCCCUAGGCUAGUUUCAAGCACAAGGCCUUCACCACUAAGCCCUAGAAUAAACCUACCCAUUAGUCCAAGGACUCCACAGCCUGGCAGCCCUUACAAACCUAGUUACCUUUCUCCAACUAUACCCAACUCUCCUACUUCUUCGGCUUCUUCUUCAAUCAACGAUAAUAUCAAAGAGCUUGUUGCCAAUUCCAAGUCUGUUAUCGCCGAUGUUCAGGUCAAGUUUUCAGGUCCACAUCUUCUUCUCAAGACAGUUUCACCACCAAUUCCUGGACAGGCUCUCAGAAUAAUAUCAGCACUUGAAGACCUAGCACUUGAAAUCCUCCAUGUCAACAUCAACAUUGCUGAUGAAACCAUGCUCAACUCAUUCACUAUUAAGAUUGGAAUUGAAUGCCAACUCAGUGCCGAAGAACUCGCUCAACAAAUCCAGCAAACAUUCUACUAAAGAUGGCUUCCACACUCCAGAAAGACCAUCUGACCUCACCCUUCCCCUUUUUGGUGUGUUGUUUGUACGUACGUAGCUGAAAUAUAGUAGAGAACAUGGGGAACAUCCAUUUAAUUAGUCUCUACCAUUUUAGUUCAUUUUCUUUCUUUUCAUUAACUAAUUAAACUAAAUUUUAAUUAGUUUAAUUGCUUAUCAUUGUCUUGUAUGUUACCCUACUACGCACUGUGCCAAGCUUUCAUUUCUCUCUGAAUUCAACUGGUUCUUUCUAUUAAAAAAUUUAUAUUUAAU